AUGAUAACAACUAGUUUAACCUCCGACUCUUCCAGCGUUCAAACUCACCGAACGUGGAUCAAGAAAAUUCAAGUCCCACUCGGAUGUACAAUUCUUCAAGUGUUUGUAUCCAACAAUGAGAAUAUUUCUCUCAAUCAACCUCUCUUUGAAUACAAAGUUUUUAAUCCACAAACUCAGAGUGAUCGUGUCGGAGUGUUUUUAUCAAGUAUUUAUAAGAAUUUACAAACAAAUACCAUGUGUAAAGCAAGAGUUGUCAAUGUAAUGAUACCAUCAAGUAGUAGUAAUAACAAUGAUAAUUCAUCGAAUUUGAAUUUACCAUUUGUAGUUCAAUCGGAAUCUGAUCGAACAAUUUUAUUGAUGGAAUAUGUCGAUGAAAGUGUGAAAGAGAGUUCAACUUUGGACAGUUUUGAACCAAAAAGUCCGGUUUAUACUCUAUUGUAG